AUGCUUAUUUUGGAGAUGACGGCCGAGCUUGCGGUGUUUAUGCCUGGGAACGGGCUGAUUUGCAAGUUUCAGUUUGAGUUCUUGUCGGUGCCUCUAGGCUUGGCCAAUAACUUGAUUUACUGGGCCAGCUGGGGGUUCACGCUUGCCUUGGAGUUGUCCAUACUUGUGAGUACUUGCCUGUACUGGGAUGCUGACUUUGUAGAGACGUACCAGGGUACGCUCAUAUUCUGUCUCUGGCUCCUUCUUACUGUGUUCAACUUGCUUCCUGUGGACAUGUACGGAGAGAUUGAGUUCUGGAUUGCGUUGGUUAAGGUUUUGGCGAUCCUUGGGUGGAUCGUCUUUGUGCUGACCCGCUUGGUUUGGACGGGCACGGUCUUACAGACGUAUACAGCCGACCUUCCUGCCAGUUUCUUUGGCCAUUUCGACUCUGCAACUGCUUAUGUAGUCAGGUUCAUGAACUCUUUGGUGUUUACUUCGUUUAUUUUUCAGUCAGUGGAGUCAAUUGCAAUCACUACUGGAGAUAUUGAAAAACCACAAGAAACCAUCCCAAAAGUCACCAGACUUAUUUUUGUUCGUAUUGUGGUCUUCUAUUUGGUGUCUGUGGUACUUCUAACACUUUGCAUUGCUUUUGAUGACAAGAGGCUUAUAGGUGGCUCCGGCAGCGCCAAAGAUAAGCUUUUGUCAUCGCCAUUCUUGGUAUCACUUAUCAACUGCGGGCUCAGCGAUAAUGGCAUUAUGCUUUCAACGUUUAACUUUAUUAUAUUCACCGCAAUUCUUUCUGCGGCCAACUCCAAUAUUUAUUUUGGCUCCAGAUGUCUUCAGGCUGUCUGUGAGACCUACUCUAGCAAGUUUUCUAUUGCUAGGACACUUUCCAAUUCGAAUACUUAUGGCGUCCCAGUGGCCAGUGUGCUCGUUACUGCCCUGCUUGGGCUUUUUUCACUCUUGCUCAGAUACCAAUCUAUAGCAACUGUUUUCAACUUUCUUUUAACGUGUUGCGCUUCAGCAGGAAUGCUUAUGUGGUGCCUCGUGGGCUUUUCGUAUAAACGGUUCAGCGACACUUUGACAUUCUACAAGGUGGACAGAAGCAGGCUUUUGUACACCUCCAAAUGGAACUUACCUAGAUGGGCGCCGUUUGUCUCACUUAAUAUAGUGACGAUCUUACUAUGCAACGGGCUUAGCUGUUACUGGGAAUUUUCGUACCUGGCACUUUUCGGUGCAUAUUCCACGCCCGUGGCCUUCUUUAUCCUUUGGGUGACGUUUGAGCAGUUUGAAGGCAGUGGGCUUCGCCAAUUAGAGGACAUUAAUGUUUAUGGAGACUCCUUUAGCUGGCAUAAGGACGAAGAUCACUUGGACUAG